AUGACUGACAUCAUGACUCGUGAUCGCCGGUGUGGCAGUAAUACGGUCACCGUAACAGCCCAAGGUGUAGCAGUGCUGGUGUCCCCAGAUGUUCCUCUUCAGGUGGGAAUGGAGAGCCGACAGCAUUUUUGCCUGCAGUCUCCCUCCAGCCUGGAGCGCACCCCGCUUCAGUACACUGUGUGCGUGGGCCACAACAUCAGGGCUGUACACCAGGAGGCGCUGCAGCAGCUCUCAUCGCCCAGCAGGGAGCUGCCCAACAUGGACGUCUUAUGGUUGCCUUUCUGGAAGCUUCUGGCCAGUGUGGACUCAGGGCCAAAGGUAGAGAGGGAGUUGAGGACCUUCUCCAACCGUCUGAGGAGACACCAGCUGGGAGAGGGGGCCAUCAGCCUCAACGAACAUUCCACCGCCCUCCUCGCAGACAUGGACCAAGACUACCUCGCCAGCAGGAAAAGGGGGACAUCCAAGAGACAGACCAGGGACUUCAGGGACCUCUCACUGAUCAAGCUUCUAAACAUUUCCAUCACCCUGUCCCCGUUCCUGAGCGUGGACACCACCCAGUUCCACAAGUCCCUGCUGGAUGGCACUGAGGCCUAUUGGCUCAGCCUCCCCGUAGCCCCACAGGGGCGACUGGUGCCUGUGCUGACCCAGUGGCGAGGGCAGUUCUGCGUGAAACUGAACAUCAGCAACCCAGAGGCGGUCAGCUGGUUCCUGGACCGGGUGGGCUUGCUGCAGGCCCGUCUGGGCAUGGAGUCCAUCCAUCUGGAGGGGGCAGAGGGGAACCCGCUGGACCUAGGCGGGGGAGACCAGUAUAUUGGCCAACUGGCAGAUGUGGCAGCCAGGAUAGAAGAGUCGGCUAUCAUGAAUGCUGGGACAAGGUCGAGCCACAAGCCUGUGUUUGUGCGGAUGCCUCCUUUGCAGUCUGACUGGAGCUCCUCUGGACUGAAGGGCCUCAUUCCCUCCUUGCUGCACCACACUCUGCUGGGGUACAACUUACUCAUUCCCGACGCAGUAGGUGGUUCUCUAUCUGGGGACCUGGUGACUGACGAGGAACUGUUCAUCAGGUGGCUGCAGAUUGUAGCCUUCCUCCCCGUCAUCAGCUUUGAGACACCUCCCUGGGUCUGUGGGGAGGACCGGGUGCUGAACUUGACGCGGGCUCUCAUCGCGUGGCACCAGGACUUUGUGGUUCCACUGGUGACGAGGUAUGCAGAGGACUGGAUGACCUCGGGGAGCCCAAUUUACCGGCCCCUGUGGUGGCUCAGCCCUGAUGACCCCGCGACCUUCACCAUUGAUGACCAGUUCCUCAUCGGAGACGAGGUCCUUGUUGCCCCGGUAAUAGAGAGGGGGACAGUACGGAGAAAUAUUUACCUGCCCGACGGGGGCUUUCAGUGGCAGGACAGCCGCAACGCCCAGGUGUUCGACGGGGGAACUCUCUUGGAGGACUACCCUGUCGCCCUCGAGGAGGUUGCCAUUUUCUUACGGAGGAGAUCUUGAGGCUCAAGUCACGUGAUUUAUACGUGACCUAUCCGGAUACUAGUUUUGAAUCUUUUAUUUUAUGUUUUACUCGUGCUGUUCUCAAGUUGCACUUUUCCACAAAGACAAUUGACAGAGGCUCAAGACUUCUUCUUGAGAUUAGAUGUGAAUAUUUUUAUACUUGCACUUUACAAUUCAGAACGAUUUGUAUUUUAUUGACGUCGUUUUCUUCUCUCUUCUUCCUUUUUUAAACUUUAAUCUGCUGUACCUCUCGGCUGAUUGUUUCAGGACUUCUUUUUUGUUUCUUCUAAUCAUUGCUGUUCUUGCUUUUUUGUAUCUAAGAAAGAAACCUAUGUGUUUACAUAUGAUUCAUUUCUAACGUUUAACUGCUGCCGGUUCUCAUGGAGACAUAGAGUACCAACGCAAGCCCCUCGUUCGCUUAAAAAGAAAAUAUAUGAAUUUCUAAAGAAGACCAAACGAAGGAAAAGAAACAGAAGAAUAUGGUUUCUGCUAACGGAGAGCCUGGAAGGAAUGAAUGAGAUGUUUUGCUUAAUAUGAAAGAGGCUGAAGCAGCUUGGUAUGUCUCUUUCAUUCUUUAGAACAGCUUUUACUUGACCUAGGCUUAGAGCUGAUGUAUGAUGAAUGUACCUCAACUUCAGUUUUUUCAUUGCUUUACUACGCUAACAAUCAACACUUACACACUUCAAGACUUCGAGACACCCCUUUCCUUUAAAGCACUUAUUCUUUCAACUCAUGCUCAAACAAUAUGCAGAAUAUAAUGCUAAUAUUCUUUAUUGUACUUUACAACCUUAACAUACACUACUUGACCAAAAGUAUGUGGACACCUGCAGGUCAAACAUCUCAUUCCAAAAUCAUGGGCAUUAAU